AUGGAAGUCGAAGAGGAUACUUGGGCUCGACUAGAGCUGGACAAUGUCCACCAUGCGGCAACGGAGCAGAUUGACUGGUCCAGCUUUGUCAAUCUCGAAUAUGACCCUACCCGCCCUAUUGCUCCGACUGCAGGCCAACUAGCAACAGCUGAACCGGUCCCGCAAAAGAUUUCGAAUGAUUUACAAGUCUCCAGUGGCGACCAUAGUGCACCUAACACAGAGGAUGUGUCUGCAUUUGCGACGCUCGACUUCCCUACCUUGGAGGAAUGGUGGGCUGAGCUGCCGAAUGAGAUUCAGUCUGGUGAUUGGGUCUCGCCAGCCGACACAGCUGUAUUCUCAGGGAAUACGCCCCAUUCAGAUUCAAAUUCAUCGUCCUAUGCCGAAGAGUAUUUACUGAAAGAAGGCGAGGGAAGGACUGAAAAGAAAACUCGGCGCAUGCCGCCAGAGGCGAGGCGCCUGCUCACGAAUUGCUUCGAACGUCAUAGAGAAGAUCCGUACAUCCCAAAGGGUGAGGUCCAGCGACUAGCGACAGACACUGGUCUGUCGAUUCGACAGGUACAGAUAUUUUUCGCCAAUGCUAGGGCGCGAAAGCUGCCUGGUCCUUCUACACAGAGCAAAGGCGUAGACAUCCCGGCUCCUCCAGACCAGCAAGGGCCCAUGGAGCGUUUCCUUUCCAGUUCCCCAGAAGAUGAAGGCAUCUCCGAAGACGCCGUACGGACAGCAGCCAAUGUGAUGAACAGACCCAUCAAGCCAGCCCGUUCGAGGAAAGGCAGAACCCCGUCGACAGCCGCGGCUCUCGCAAAGGGCGCAAAAGACAGCGCGAGCCCUCUCAUAACGUAG